AUGUCACUGCUCGCUCUCACCGUCCCCAGGGAAUAUGGCUAUGUCGUCGGCGUUACCGCAUUCACCUGCUUCGUGGGAGUUUGGCAUGGAUUCCGCGUGGCUGCUUUCCGUAAGCCAGCCAAGAUCAUUUAUCCUAAAGCAUGGGCGGACAACACAGACUUGGCCAAUGCCACUUCUGGUGAACAAAAGAAGGCCAUGUACCUGUUCAACUGCGCCCAGAGAGCCCACAUCAACUUCAACGAGAACCAUCCAUCUGUCAUGGCCACUAUGCUCCUCUCCGGCAUUGUAUACCCACAAACUUCCGCUGCACUCGGCGCAAUCUGGAGCUUCGGCAGGAUUAUGUACGCCUUCGGAUACACCUCUCCCACCGCGGAAAACGGCAAGGGACGAGUAGUAGGAUUCGGAGUCGCCUUCUUCCCCAUGAUUGGUCUCUUCGGUCUGGCAGCAUGGACUGCUGCAAAGAUGGUGCUGUAA